AUGAACGCGUUGAGCUUGAGAGUGACUGUCAAAAUAAUUUAUUAUUUAAAUGUUUGUUGUGUAUGCCAAAAAUUAAAAAAAUAUCUACCUACGUCAAAAUCUUCAAAUUCCAAUCUAAGAAGAUAUAUUAAACUUGUACAUCCAAACGACUUGGAUAAUUUUAAUAAUUCUGCAAAAAAGAGGCCAAACAUCAAUUUAAAUCAAUGCAGUAAACAAUUGAAGUUAGAAGAAGUUGGAAAAAUAUCUGUGAAAAAGUUAUCUCAAGCUGAAUUUGAUGCUGCAAAUUUGCAGCUUAUAGUUAGUACGGUAUCUCCUUUUUCUUUUAUAGAGCACCCUGCAUUUUUGAGAUACUGUAAAAUUACUAGCAAUAAAGUUCCCGUCUCAAGAAGAACAUUAAUGCGCAAUGUUCAAUGCAUUUAUGAACAAAUGAUUUCACAACUAAAAAAUGACUUGGAAAACAUAAGAUAUGUGUGCUUAACAGCUGAUUGUUGGAGUAUAUUUCACAGAUCGUACAUAGGUUUCACUGUACAUUGGAUUUAUCCUGAAACAUUGCAACGAAAUUCUAAAGGACUUGCUUGCAGAAGGAUGAUUGGUAGACAUACGUAUGACAAUAUUGCAGAAGUUAUUGAUAAAAUCCUUAAUGAAUUUAAAAUUCAUAAAAAAACUACUCUCAUAGUUACAGACAAUGCGGCAAACUUUGUUAAAGCUUUCAGAGUAUUCAAUAAUGAUAAUUGUGAUAGUAUACAGGAAAAUGCUGACUCUGAUGGACUAGAAACCCCAAGAUCAAUUGAAAUUUCUGAUGUACUAGAUAAUGUAAAUACAGAAAAAUCCACUGCAGCCCAUACAUUAAACUUAAUAGCAACAAGAGACAUUCUAGAAGCUGAGAAGGAUGCUACAUACAAGGCGAUUAGUAGACGAGUUUUUAGCAAAUGUCAAUCAAUAUUUAAUAAACAAAACCAAUCAACGUUAAAUGCAGACAAAAUCAAAGAAAUACUUGGUCGUUAUCCUAAUGCCACAAGAUGGAAUUCUUAUUAUGAUGCAAUCAAUUGUAUAGUGGAAAAUAUUGAUAAAAUUGAUGAUAUUUGUAUCAAAUUAGAAUUGGUUUCCUUUUCAAAACCUCGGGAAGUUGGAUUUUUAAAAGAGUAUUGCAAAGUUAUGAAACCUUCAUCAAAAGCAUUAGACAUUUUACAAGGAGAUAAAUCUGUGUGCCUGGGAUUUCUUCACCCAACAAUUAAUGCUGUUCACAAAUCUUUAAACGGAUUAAACAAUAAUAUUGUCUUCUGCAAACCUCUUAUUCUUGCAUUGAAAAGAGGGUUAAAUAAAAGGUUUCAUAAUUAUUUUAUAUCAAAGUCAUGCCAGGUAGCUGCUACUUUAAUUCCUAAAUUUAAACUCAAUUGGACAGCUAAUGAAAAUAGAGAUGAAAUAAAACAACAUCUUAUAGAAAUUGUAAGUAACAAUACUUCUAUAAAUAUAUUGAGUUCUCAAGAAUCAAAUCAAUCAUCGAUAUCUGCUACUGAACAGUUUGAAAAUAGUGAUUCAGAAGAUGAUUUUCUCACCUUUGGAGAAAAUGAAAUUAUCAGUGAAAACAGUGGCACUGAAUUACUUAUUAAUAAUUAUUUGUCAAAUUCAAAUUUAACAAACCCUUUGGACUUACCAUUAGCAUUAAAAGAAGCAUAUAUCAAAUACAAUACAGCAGUUCCAUCAUCGGCACAUGUUGAACGCAUAUUUAGUGCCGGAGGGCAACUAUAUGAUAAAAGAAGAGGAUCUAUGUGUGAUAAAAAUUUUGAGAUGUCUCUUCUGCUGAAGUUCAAUAAGUUUUUUGAUGAUUAA